CCUACCAAAUUCUCAUUCUCAUUCCCAUGUCCUUUUAAAGAGAGUGAGAAAGAUUUUGGUUUCGGUCUCUUGUGAUAUUUGUGAGAGAUUAUUGCAUUGAAGGAAAGCUUAUUCUUCGUUUGGCUUGAAUUUCUUCUCUUCCCUUCGCUAUUGGUGGAUAUAAAUAAGACCAAUAAUGUUGAAGAGAAACAAUGGAAGUGAAAUGGGUUACAUGCAAAUGUUGACAACAAGGUCACGCCACCGUUCUCCAAUGAAGAAGCCAACAACAAUGAUUUUACUUCUUUGCAUUUUUCUAUCAUGUGCUUAUUAUUAUUUCAUUCAUCAGUUAAUAAUAAAAGGAACUUUGGUUUGCUACUUCCCUUUUUCUUCAUGUGGAAAGUGUGAGAAGUAUCCUGAUAAUUGUGAUUAUCUUCCACCGCCUGCUAUUGAAAGGAAAUAUUCAAAUGAUGAGAUUGCAUCACAUGUUGUUAUUAGGGAUAUUUUGAAUGCACCUUGUCUUUCAAAAAAUCCCAAAAUUGCCUUCAUGUUCUUGACCCCUGGUUCCUUGCCAUUUGAGAGAUUGUGGGAUCAGUUUUUCCAGGGACAUGAAGGGAAGUUCUCUGUUUAUGUUCAUUCAUCCAAGACUAAACCUCUUCGUAGGAGCCGCUAUUUUAUUAAUCAGGAAAUACCCAGUGAUGAGGUGCAUUGGGGCAAUAUUUCUAUGUUUGAUGCAGAGAGGAGACUGCUUGCAAAUGCUUUACAAGAUCCACAUAACCAACACUUUGUUUUACUUUCUGACAGCUGUAUACCACUGCACAGUUUUGGCUAUAUUUAUGACUACUUGAUCAAUACAAAUGUCAGCUUUGUAGAGUGCUUUGAGGACAUUGGUCCUCAAGGCAAUGGUAGGUAUUCACGACACAUGCUACCUGAAAUUCAGAUGAAGGACUUUAGAAAGGGUGGACAGUGGUUUACUUUGAAGCGGCAACAUGCUCUUGUAGUUAUCGCUGACAACCUCUAUUACUCAAAGUUUCGAGCUUACUGUAAGCUUGGGUUUGAAGGGAAAUAUUGCAUAGUAGAUGAGCACUACUUACCUACCUUAUUCAAUAUUGUUGAUCCUGGUGGAAUUGCAAAUUGGUCAGUAACACAUGUUGAUUGGUCCAAAAGAGGCUGGCAUCCAAAGACAUAUGGGGUUCAGGAUGUUACAUACCACCUCUUGAACAAUAUUUCGUCCGUUGAUGUCAGCAUGCACGUUACCAGCAACAUGAAGAAAGAAAUUAAAAGACAGCCUUGCUUAUGGAAUGGAAUUGAGAGGCCAUGUUACUUGUUUGCUAGGAAAUUCACUCCUCAAACAAUAGACAAGCUGUUGCACAUCUUCUCCAAUCAUUCAAUCAACUGAAACACCAUCAUCAUCUCAUUUCGUCAGCAAUACUUCGUCAAUAAUACCAAAUAAUUACCUUACCUUCUUUAAUUUAUAUAUGAGUGAUUUCGUAUCUAAUUCUAAGGCCGAAUUUGGGCCUCCGUCUUGAUCUAUCAUAUGACAUCCAAGUUGUGUUAAUUCAAAUAUUUAAAAUACUUACAGCCAUCAAAUCGGUUAGUAUGUAUUAUUACGUAUUAAAUCAGCUGAAGUUUAAUAUAAACUUAACAUAAUUCU